CUGGUAGUUUUGUCAACAUAUUUUAAUAUGGUCACAUAUUAAGCUUGUCACUCUAUCAACUGCGAGAACAAGGUUUAAGGUAUGUAGUUUGGAUGUGUUCUUUCAGAUUUUUAGAUUAGAUGUAUAAUUUUAAAUUACUUCCUAUUACUUUUUUUUUUUUUUUUAAACCUGUAUGCAUAUGGUGACCAGAAUCUAAUUAAAGUAUGUAAACCAGGAUGGUGAUUUUGUUAGUAAAGUUAGUAAAGUAGAAGAAAAGGAACACUUUAAGACCGAUUUAUUAAACAAAGAGGAUGUUGUGUAUGAGUUGGGAAGUGACCUAGAUGCCAUGAAACAUACUCCUGUGACUUCUGGUUUUACCCUGGGAGUGUAAAGCUGGAAGGAACUACUUUUAGUUUCAGUUUCAUUUCCAGCUUUGAAUGACUGUUUUUGUUGAAUUGAACUAGUUGGAGGAACCGUAUCAGACAAAAUAUAUUACUAGUUAACUUGAACUGCAUUCUUUUUACAGAAUAACUAGGUUUACUGUUUAUUUUAAAGCUUUUGAUCCUAUAAAAAGGAGCUGUUCUUUUUUAUACUUCCACUUAUGAAUCUCAUGGCUAUUUUGUACCUUUGUCUUUAAUAGAAGUUGCUGCCAUUGUCUUGCUUCUCUUGUUACCCCAGAGACUGAAAGGAGUAUCUCUCAAAGUUGAUGCUGGCAUCAGUAAAUGUUCUUUCUGCUAUUUUUAACUCCUUUUGGCAACCCUGGACGAGUGGAAAGACGUUCACCCUUUCACUCGAUACUCUGCUGUGGAAGCCCGCUCGCCUGUGCAAGCCCACCCUUUAUUAUCAUGUGGAGACAAAAAUUGCAUAUGUGAUAUUUAGUAGGACCACUUCAGAAGGGGAAUAGCAUAAAGAACUGAAUAGGUGGUAGCAUGGCAUCACAGCUGCUCCAGGAUUUACCCAAGCAGGUUUUUUUAGUCAACAUCAAUACACUAAACCAGUUGUUCUGAAAUUACUGCGGUAACUUGUUCAUAUGCCCUGCAUGAUGUUUCUGAAUAGCUGCCCAGUGGAGUCCUGCGCUGCGGUGAAAUAACUGCACGUCCCCAUGCUCUCCUCUGCGUUGAAGAUGAUUUCAGGAUUCUCAAAGCAUGUAUGCAGGCAUAGAUAAUUUAGACUUAUGUUGUGGUGGAGACAUAGCCCAGGAGGAAGCCGAGAUAUUUAGUUAUUUUAGCUUGUGUUUGUAAUUCAGCUUUCCCAUACGGUUUAGACAGAACAAUUAUAAGCAGAUCCAUGGCAAUGCAAGCAAAUAAACCUGUGCCAGCACCUGGAUUUUCAAAUGUUAACUACACACCAGGAAAUGAAGUCCCGUGCGCACUGGGGACUUACCAAGCAGAUGUCACAGGUGCGGGGGGCUACUUCCAGGUGCAGCCCAUGGGAGUCCCAGCUGGACUUGCUGUUCCACCCAUCCAGAACCAGCCCAUCGUGAAGGAGGGGACAAUCUGGAUGCCUGUCCCUCCUCCGCUUCCCAACUGCCCUCCUGGACUGGAAUACCUUACGCAGAUUGACCAGAUACUAAUUCAUCAGCAAAUUGAACUUCUUGAGAUUUUAACUGGCUUUGAAACAAACAACAAAUAUGAAAUCAAGAAUACGCUGGGGCAAAGGGUGUACUUUGCAGCAGAGGACAAUGACUGCUGCACCAGGAAUUGCUGUGGGCCAUCACGACCCUUCACCAUCCGGAUUAUAGACAACCUGGGCCAUGAGGUGAUAACGCUGCAGAGACCCCUCCGGUGUUCCUCGUGCUGCUUUCCCUGCUGCUUACAGGAGCUGGAAGUUCAGGCGCCUCCAGGAACACCAGUUGGUUAUGUUGUCCAGAACUGGCAUCCCUGCCUGCCAAAGUUUACCAUUCAGAAUGAGAAAAGAAUGGAUAUACUGAAAAUUGUUGGCCCAUGUGUUGUCUGCAGCUGUUGUGAGGACAUUCAUUUUGAGGUGAAGUCUGUGGAUGAGACUGCUUCUGUUGGGAGGAUUUCUAAGCAGUGGACUGGGUUUUUGAAAGAAGCCUUUACAGAUGCAGAUAACUUUGGAAUCACAUUCCCAAUGGACCUGGAUGUAAAAAUGAAAGCUGUCAUGAUCGGUGCUUGCUUCCUUAUCGACUUCAUGUUUUUUGAGCAUGCUGGUGAUAACCAACAGCGAACAGGAGUUUGGCAAUGAAAUCUAGAACCUUUUACACAGAAGGAAGAACAACAUACAUCUCCCAACUUUCCAGUGGAUUGCAGAGCUCCAGUAAGAAUGAGCAAUGUACAUAUUGUGCUUAUAUUUCUAUAAACUGCAGGCUUUAUGGUCUUUUUUUUUUUUUUGUAAUCUGAUGAAAUGAUUUGUAGUAUUCAAAUAACAACCCUUUGUACGGAUCAAUGUCGUAGUUGAUAGAAAUAUAUAGCAAUCUUUUUUCCCAAGAAAUUUGGAAUUGUAAAAUAAGUACUUAUAGUUAUUUUAAUUCUUAAAAAGGAGAACUACUUCUAUAUUCAAUAUUAAUAUAAGCAGUGAGCCCAAUAAAGAGGUCCUCAUCUUUUCCUGUGUAUCCUUCUUCGGUAGUUUUGUCUCGGCAUUCAUGUUAUGUUGUUUCCAACUUCUUAUCAAAUAUAUAUGUUCAAACCAAAGUAAUCUAAGUGAACAGGACUAUCAGAUAUCACCAUAGAAUUGUAUUAAUCCAAUAGUAAAUGUACUGUCAAAUAUGACUCUUUUAAUGUAACGGUUUCAGAAUUUGGGUUGUUUUGAAACAACUUGGCUUUGAUUUUCACCAACAGAAGUUUAGAGGUGACAGGAAAUAUAAAUGCCUGUGGUUGCUUCUGUUUAAUAAUCCUUUAGUAAUUGCUUUGUGCAUGAGUGUGUUCUCUCCUGAGGCAAGGAAAAACUAGUUUGUUACUCUUUCAGUUUCUCCAGUCCUCUUUACUCUUCAUUUAGUCCAUUAUUUUCACAAAUUGUAAGUCUGUCUGUAGGUGUGAGGGGGCAGGAAUAAUCAACAGAACAAUUCCAGUUCAAAAGCAGAUGCAUGGAACGGCAGGUCUAUUUCUUAGCAUUUAUAGCUAAGAUUUAAUUUAAAUGGGCAAGCUAAAGUGGCAAUUUCUACCCCAGCUUUGCACGCGCAUGUGCAUAUAGCAGUUGUUGGGAUCCAGCUACGUGGAGAGGUCCUUGCCAAUAUUUUCAGUUGUAUUCUAAUUCCGCUAAAGAUUCCUUUUGUUCAAUAUUUUCAAUUUAUUGGUGGCUCCUGGCAAGUCCAAAAGCAGAAGAAAAGAGGAGUGCCAUUGCUGCUAUGUACCUGGACUCUCUUUGAUGUUCUAAUUGUACAAAUGUGUGACAACAAUCUAUACUGUUUUGAAACUCUUUCAAAUUGUAUAUUAUGCCUUGUUAAAGUUAGCUUCUGCUGCUAAAGACAGAAUUCCUAGAAUAUGAUGUCUUUAAUAAUAGGGAUUGGAGGAGGUAGAUUUUUGAUUAAUCAACACUAUUCUUAGGGAAUUAAAAUACUGUUAUUUUGAAA